CGACUGCUUUCAGGUUAUGUAUGUUUGUGUUUACUGUUCAUGAGAAAAUCUGAAGUUCAAAAUUAAAAAUAAAAGAUCGAAGUUCAAGUUUCAGGGACACAAGUCACAAGUGAAAAGAAACACGAACAACAACAGAUAAUUAUUAGCAAGAAGAACUUUCAAAAUUAUCAGAUCAUAUGUGCAAGAACUUGGUAGAGGGUGAUUUAUAAACCACUGUUUUUGAUUUUAUUGAUUUCUGAAAUGGGAAACAGAUCUUCUUUGCUGCUGCGUGAGGAAGAAAUUGCACAAAUCCAAGAAGAUACAGGAUUUACACCCAAUCAAAUCGAGAGACUAUACUCCAGGUUCACUUCUCUGGACAGAGGAGACUGUGGCACUUUAAGCAGAGAUGACUUUCUUAGAAUACCUGAAUUGGCUAUAAACCCUCUGGGUGAGAGAAUUGUCAACUCCUUUUUCCAAGGAGACGAAUUCUGUGACAGGGUGAACUUCAAGCAGUUCAUGCAAGGUCUCUCCCAUUUCAGGCCUGUAAAGAGGCACAAGGAGAACAAAAUGAACUCCAGAGAAGAUAAACUCAAAUUUGCCUUCAAGAUGUAUGAUUUGGAUAAUGAUGACAUGAUAUCAAAGGAUGAGUUGUUGGCCAUCCUGCAUAUGAUGGUAGGUAAUAACAUCAGUGAAGAGCAGCUGAACAGCAUUGCAGAAAGGACCAUUGUGGAGGCAGAUGAGGAUGGUGAUAAGAUGAUCUCCUUUGAAGAGUUCUGCAAGGCUCUUCAAAGGACUGAUGUUGAACAGAAAAUGAGCAUCCGGUUCUUGAACUGAGUGGUUUAGUUGUGAUUAUUGCUUGUUAUUAUUUUUAGGUUUGUGUAUAUUGAUGUAUAGAGAUAAUUGGUCUAGUUCUAGUUAUUGAUUAAAUUUUUUUUAAUAUUGAA